AUGAAUGAAUCAAAGUUACAAUCACAUGCUUCAUUUGCCAGUGAAGUCACCAUUCCCGAACAUGAUGAGGAUGAUAUGGGCAAAAAACGACCAUUAUCCACCUCCUCUUAUUCAGAAAAAUCAGUCACAUCUACUCAAAAACAUGAUGAACAAGUAUCAAAUGAUGAUGAUGAUCAACCCUCAUGGAAAUCAAGGGUUGUUACAAGAGCACGUGCACUAUUGAAGAAAUACUGGUUUUUGCUUGGACUUGCCUUUGUCAUUUUAUUAGCAUCACAAUUCCCUGAUGUUGCAAGAAAAGGUGGUUAUAUUCAUGCCGAAUGGUCUAUCAAAUGGGGUGCUGUGAUCAUCAUCUUUUUAAUCUCAGGAUUAUCAUUACGAACAAAGAUUUUGGCACAAACGAUCCUUCGUAUUCGAUUACAUUUAUUGAUUCAAAUCAUCAAUCUGAUCAUCAUCCCUUUCUUUGUCUUUGGUUUGGUAUUGCUCCUUUUCAAGGCCCAUGUGUCCAUGAGUUCUCUCUUAUUGAUUGGUGUGGUCAUUGCUGCAAGUACACCUACUACUGUCUCCUCGAAUGUUGUCAUGACGAAAAACGCAAAAGGAAAUGAAGCUUCAGCUCUGAUGAAUGCUGCUCUUGGAAAUGUACUUGGUAUCUUUGUAUCUCCAGCACUUGUUUCUACAUUUCAAGGACCAUUAUUAGAUGCUACUCCAGAAGAUGAAAGUAGUAAUCAGGUGGGAGGGGUGGUUGAUUUUGUAUCAGUACUCAAACAAUUGGGAUUAACAGUGUUGGCACCUCUUAUUGUGGGUCAAAUCAUUCAGUGGCUCUUCACGGAAAAGGUUGCCAAGAUCAAGGAAAAAUGUCGUUUAUCCGAUAUAAGUAGUGUUGCUCUGUUGAUCAUGGUUUGGUCUGUUUUUUCUGAUGCUGUUUACUCUGGUUCUUUUGCUGCUGUCACUGUAAAGGAUAUUUUCGUGAUUGUUAUCAUCAAUGCUCUCUUUUACAUCAGCUUUUCUUUGACAUGUUUGGUCCUUGCUCGUUUACCGUUACCAUCAUACAUUCAAACUCCAGAUUGGAUCAAGAAAUUAAGGUAUUCUCGUGAGGAUACUGUUGCUGUCAUGUACUGUGGUGCUACAAAGACAGUUGCUAUGGGUGUACCAUUAAUCAAUGUACUCUAUCAGAAUGGUGAUCCCGGUACUGUGGGUGUAUUAUCUACGCCUCUUUUACUUUAUCAUGUUGAACAAUUGAUUCUUGGUAAUAUUGAAGUGGAGAUAUUAAAAAAAUGGGUACUUGAUGGUCAACGUGCAAAACAAGAUAUUUUACCAACUUCAAGGGAAGGUUCUGAAUGUUCCUCGGAAGAAAAGGAUUUGGAUGAUUUCACUCAUACAUCAAGAAAAUAG